GGGCGCUCGCAUGGCGAGGGAAAAUUCUUCGACCUCUGAGCCCAGGCUUUCUUUUUGCCGUUUCGGCUGCUUGGCUCGACAUGUCCGAUAGUCGUAGGCCAAGAUGCAGAACAUGGGAGGUAUCUAUCUAGGUACCUCGGCAUGGCCUGGCUAAUAGCGCCCUACAUAAUAAUACUUGGCCUUCGUGUCAGACUUGAUUACGCCGCUACCGCCGCCGCGUGGCUUGCGGCGACCCAGGGUGCCAGGCUGUCAGAUCUGACAGGUCAUUUCCGGCUGAUUUGUCGACCAACAACAACAACUGUUCGUAUCGCACGACAGGCAAGAGUCUCGGGACACAAGCUGCAUCGGCAGAAGUCGAGUUGCCCCGAGGUGUAUAACCUGUUCCCUUCCCGAAGCUCGUCUGCAGUCAGAGAGUUCUACAUGCGUCAGGGAGGGCACCGAAUGGACGCAGGGCGAGUCGAGUACGAACAAGGCUCGACUCGUCGUCUCUUUGCCUGUCGGUGGCAGAAGUACGACGAGGUUAUAUUUUCCGCUCACCGCUGCUUUGCCGCCUUCGUAUGGGCUUCUGCUGCCUCACCCACCCCUUGUCCGUCCGUCUGGGUUGGUCAUCUGCGUUGCGACCGUGCGUGUCGUCCUCAUAGUUGAGUUGCCUCUCCCCACCAUCUUAUAUGCACACUGCCAGGCGCGCCGCUCACUCAGCACACUCCUUCCCUUCACUGGACAGGGAAUGUAUCCUGCAGGCAGUAGUGUGCUAGGGUCGAGUUGGAACGCUGCUAUAGCACGUCUCCCCAGCCACUCCGUCCAACCAACCGUGCUUUUAGUCCACCCCAGAGAGGAGGUGAAGCUGUCUUUCUGGACACAGAUGC